UAAAGUCGGGAGAAGAGCGGAGCGCUGCGAGCGCGAUGGGGCAGCGGGCGGCAGCCGGCAGCGGCUGAGCUGAGCACCGAGAACAAAGCGGCGCGGAGCGGGCGGCGGCCGCGGGCGGCUCGCUCUGAGCUGGGCCCCGGGAAGCACCGGCUCGGCCUGCCGCUCCCUCCCAUGCUGAAGGGAAGGAGGGAUCCCGGCAGCCGGAGAAGGGCAACUGCGGCGGCCGGGGCGGGGAGAGGCCCCGAGGUCCCGGUUGGAGCGCCCGGGGCCGUGCGGGGCGUGGGCGGCCGCGGCCGGGGAGGGGUCCGGGCGGCCUCUGCCCUCUCUGCCCCGCACGCUCGGGGAUCGCCGGGGCGUUCCGAGCCGAAGAGCCCAAACUAGCAAGAUUUCAAAGUGAAAUUCCGGAGGAAAUUUAAAGAGCAUCCGGAUCCGGAGAAGGAGAGAAAGAAAGAGGAAGGGAGAAAGAAAUCAGAGCGCGGAGAGACCUCGGGCGGCAGGGGAAAGGACGGGAGAGCAAAGCUGGCACCGGCGGCGAUGGGGAAAUGAAUCACUCUGGGGGCAACACCAAAGAGAAGCCUCAGCCCUGCUAGGAGCCCCGAGGAGGAAGCUGCUGGAGGAAGAGCUCUGCACUAACUCCUGCCUGUAGUUCUUACCCCUACUAACAAAUGUCAACGUCUAGGGAGCAGCCAAUCUUCAGCACCAGGGCCCACGUGUUCCAGAUCGACCCUGCCACCAAGAGGAACUGGAUCCCUGCCAGCAAGCAUGCCCUGACCGUCUCCUACUUCUACGAUGCCACCCGCAGCGUCUACAGGAUCAUCAGCGUGGGGGGCACCAAGGCCAUCAUCAACAGCACCAUCACCCCCAACAUGACCUUCACCAAGACAUCCCAGAAGUUUGGGCAGUGGGCAGACAGCAGAGCCAACACCGUCUACGGGCUGGGCUUUGCCUCUGAGCAGCAUCUCUCCCAGUUUGCAGAGAAGUUCCAGGAGGUGAAGGAAGCAGCACGUUUGGCCAGGGAGAAGUCCCAGGACAAAACAGAGCUGACCAACCCUGCCCUGAGCAUCACAUCCCACCAGGUACUUCCCAGCCCCAUCAUCAGCUCCAAUGGGCCAGGAGAAGAGAAGCUGUUCCGGAGCCAGAGUGCAGAUGUGGAGAUCACCACGGAGAAGGAGAGGCUCAAGAAGAUGCUGUCUGAAGGCUCGGUGAGUGAGGUGCAGUGGGAGGCUGAGUUCUUCAGCCUGCAGGACAACAACAACAAGCUGGUGGCUGCCCUCCACGAGGCCAAUGCCAACGUGGACCAGUGGAAGAAGCAGCUGGCAGCGUACCAGGAGGAGACAGAAGCACUGCGGCAGAGGGUAGCAGAGCUGGAGGCACAGGGGGCUCAGGAUUCCUCCAGUGAGAACAACAAGGAAGAGCUGAGCCAGACCCUGGAGGAGUUGGAGCUGCUGAUCAAGGCUAAGGAUGAGGAGAUCCAACUGCUGAAGAGUCAGAAGUGUGGAGGCCGCUGGGAGGCCGAAGGGGAGCGGGAGGAGACCCUGCAGAAGCUGCAGGAGCUGGAGCAGCGCAACGCGGAGCUGGAGCAGCGACUGCAGCUGGCCGAGCAGAGCCUGGCCGAGAGCCUGGCCGAGAGGGAGAAGAUGCAGAACGAGGUCACCAAGGCGGCAGAGAUCAUGGACGUGAAGAUAUUUGAGCUGAGCGAGCUCCGGCAGGGCUUGGCCAAGCUGCUGGAGAGCAACUGAGGAGACCCUCCCCGGGGAGGGAGCCCCGGC